AUGCAGGAAGAAUUGACUAUCGAAAUUGCAGAAGCUGUCAUUAAAGCUUUAAAGGGAGAUCUUCCUUCAACUGUAGUCAACGAACCGAUGGUUGCUGCUGAGGUUCUUGCGGAGUUGAAACCAUUUCUGGACCUUGCAAACAAACUAGGAAAAUUUGCUGUUAAACUAAUAGCUGGACGAGGUGGUUUUAAAGCAGUAAAAGUCACGGUUAUCAAGGGCCUGAUCGAACCCUUUUCGAGCGUCGUCGUCAACUGGGUGAAUGGAGAUUCAGUAGCUAAGCAAAGAGGACUCAGAAUUUCGGAAGAGCAAGUCACUUUGACCGGCUCCCCAGAGUACCCUCUCGAGUUCAUCAGAGUUCAGAUUGCAAACGUGGAAUCGAGAUUCGACAGCGCCUUAUCACCAUCCGGGGAGAUCGAAGUGGAGGGGCAGCCUAUGAUGCAGUAUUAUGGAACAGCCAUCAUCAUGCGAAUGUACGAUGAUGUAUUUGUCUUUGUUGAUGUAGAGGACACCCGUGAUGAAUAG